CGGAAGCCCGUUGAUGAGCUUCCGGUGUUGAGGACCACGGAGACGGUGGGAGAAAGAAAAGCGGGCUUACUGUUUUCUUUAUACUCCUCGCCGACCUCUAAACCCUACAAGGCGUGCUUGUUUGGAUUUUCAAGCCGAGUGUCUGCGCUUUCGGGGAGGCCAGUUCACCGCUGGACUUUGUGUUUGCAUUGCGGUGGAAUAGUCCCCAUUCAUUCCGUUGUCUGUGCUAGCGGGCUAAUCUUGGCGUCUGCUGCGCCAGGCCUUCUUCCCCACUGCUGGACUUUGCUACUAGCUCGCGUGGCUAACGCUAGCGGGCUAACCCACGUUUUUUUUUUCCUUCCCCCUCCAAUGACUUUGCCCUGCGCCUUGUAAUUAAAUCCCAAUCCUCUUUUAUGUGCUAAUCAGAGUAUAGUGGUUCUUGAUUAGGUUGCUAGUUUUAAGCAAAUUUAAGCGUGCAACCUUUUUUGGGGCUGCUAUCGAAAUCUACUUUUUUUUUGGUUGCUAGCUCGAGCGAAUAACGCAGACGCGGAAAGCCGCCCAAGCUUACAGAGAUGUCGGACUUCGACGAAUUUGAACGGCAGCUCUCUGAAAAUAAACAGGCUGAGCGGGACAAAGAGAAUCGGCAUCACCGCCGCUCCGGCUCACGUAGCCGCAGCAGAGACAGGAAGAGGCGAAGCCGAGACAGGGACAGACGUAGCCGGGAUCGGCGUGGCGAUAGUAAGGAUCGCAGACACAGACGCAGCUCGCCACCGAGCUACCCACAGGAGAAUACUGCAAGUCGUUCUCCACACCGUGAGAAAAAGAAGAUAAAGGUGAAGAAAUACUGGGAUGUCCCACCACCAGGUUUUGAAAACAUCAGCCCCAUGCAGUAUAAAGCCAUGCAAGCUGCUGGCCAAAUCCCAGCUACAGCCCUCUUGCCCACCAUGACUCCAGAUGGCCUGGCCGUCACUCCCACCCCUGUGCCCGUCGUGGGCAGCCAGAUGACCCGACAGGCUCGCAGGCUCUACGUGGGAAACAUUCCCUUUGGGAUCACUGAGGAGUCAAUGAUGGACUUCUUUAACGCUCAAAUGCGUUUGGGUGGUCUUACUCAGGCCCCAGGAAACCCUGUGCUUGCUGUGCAGAUCAACCAAGAUAAGAAUUUUGCCUUCCUUGAGUUCCGCUCAGUGGAUGAGACAACACAGGCAAUGGCUUUUGAUGGAAUCAUCUUCCAAGGGCAGAGCCUUAAAAUUCGCCGUCCACACGAUUACCAGCCACUGCCGGGCAUGAGCGAGAACCCCAGUGUCUAUGUGCCUGGUACACAGACAAUUAAUGGUCUUGUUGUCAACACAGGAGUGGUCUCCACAGUGGUGCCCGACUCGGCCCACAAGCUCUUCAUCGGCGGGCUGCCCAACUACCUGAAUGACGACCAGGUGAAGGAGCUGUUGACAUCCUUUGGCCCUCUGAAGGCCUUUAACCUGGUGAAGGACAGUGCCACAGGCCUGUCUAAAGGAUACGCCUUCUGUGAAUAUGUCGACGUCAACCUCAAUGACCAGGCUAUUGCCGGGCUCAACGGCAUGCAACUGGGAGACAAGAAGCUCCUGGUGCAGCGAGCCAGUGUGGGAUCCAAGAAUGCCACUCUGACCAGCAUAAACCAGACCCCUGUCACGCUGCAGGUGCCUGGCCUGAACAGCACAGUCACCCAAAUGGGCGGCCUGCCCACCGAGGUGCUUUGCCUAAUGAACAUGGUGGCCCCUGAAGAGCUGCUGGACGAUGAAGAGUACGAGGAGAUCGUGGAGGAUGUCCGGGACGAGUGCAGCAAGUACGGCCAAGUCAAAAGCAUUGAGAUCCCGCGGCCCGUCGACGGUCUGGAAGUGCCCGGCACCGGGAAGAUCUUUGUGGAGUUCAUGUCAGUGUUCGACUCUCAGAAAGCCAUGCAGGGCCUGACAGGAAGGAAGUUUGCCAACAGAGUAGUCGUGACGAAGUACUGCGACCCAGACGCGUAUCACCGCCGGGACUUCUGGUAGAGGAGGCAAGACGGAGGUGGGGGGGGGGGACCAGAAUUUGGGGUGGGGGGUGGGGUGGGGAGGUUUGAGGUCCCAUUGACCAGAUCAGCUCAAUGAGGUUUUUUUUUUUUUUUUUUUUUUUUUUUUAAAGUGGGGAUUACCAUGUGUUAUGAUGUGAGAUCUCAUAAAAAGUGGGCCUGUUCUGGAUGUGGGGCUGUUCCUCAGUGGGAAAGGGUAGAGGGAGGUCUAAACAUUUUGAGAAAUGUGUGUUAUAAUAGGUCCAGGGUGGGGUCAACAAUUUUUAUACUUUGCGAGCCAGAGAUGUCAUUUUUUUGCGGGUGGGGAGCAGAGGGGGCCGUAACACAUCAAUGUUUGUAUUUAAAUGGAAGGAACUUGUCGAAGGUGCAUUGAGGGGAUUAAACACGGCUCUAACAAAAUGUAAAGAGAGGAAGAAAAUGAUGAGGGCAUUUUUGUUUGGCCGCCUCGUAGUUCUUAUUGUUGUUCACUAGCUGUAACGUCCAAUUGAGUUUCGCCGCCAUUAGAAGGACUAGAGAAGACGUCAUUGUUCAAGUUUGGAUUUGUUUUUGUUUGUUUUUGUCAGACUACUGCCCCCUGGCCCCCUCGGGACGAUCGCUAGAGAAUGUGUUGUGUGAAUGUCAACUGUUACUCUUCCGAUACUGUGUGUAGCUUCACUGGCUCCAGCUUGUAACAUCACAUUGUACUCAGCCUGUAGAAUCACAUGAACUACAGUAAAGGACGUUUUCCAUCCA